CUAUUCUGAAGGUUCAGGCUUCAGUUUUAUUUCUACAUUUAAAGGCUACCCCAUUAUGAGUUUAUUCGCUUUUUAUUAAUUUUACAGAAGUGGUGUAGUUACUAAAAGAUUUUGCUUAAUCUCCUAAAUGUGUACCGAUAGAUUAUAACUGAAUUUUUCGUUGAAAUAUGAAAAUGUCUCUUCGUUUCAAACUUACUGAAUUACAGCCUUUUAAUUGGAUAUAUAACUUAUCGCCUUGUUUCCCUGUCUCGGCAUCAAAAAUAAAUAUAAUUACCGAUCCAAAACAGUUUUAUAACACUUUGUAUGAACGUUUUCGGAGUGCAAAACGUCGAAUUUCUGUUGCUAGUCUGUACAUAGGUACUGGCAAGCUUGAAAAGGAAUUACUAGGAAUUACAGUGGAUAAUGUUAAAAUUAAUCAUAAUUUAACAUUCAAUGUACUACUUGACUAUCAAAGAGGAACACGCGGUGAGAUCAACUCUCGAAGUUUAUUCAGACAACUUACGAAGGGUUUGUCCAAUAGAUGUAAUUUAGCUUUGUACCAAACAUCUCGGUUACAAGGUUCGUGGUCGAAAGCACUUCCAUCUAGAUACAAUGAAAUAGUUGGAUUACAACAUAUGAAAUUAUAUAUAUCAGAUAACUCAGUUAUAUUAAGUGGAGCAAAUUGUUCUAAUGACUAUUUUAAAGUGAGACAAGACAGGUAUAUUGAAAUUGAAGAUGAAGACCUGGCAAAUUUUUAUUGUGACAUAAUAGAUGAGGUGACUAAAUUUAGCAAGCAAGAACAAGAAAACCACAGUGUUGAAAAAAUAAAAAAAGAUGUGAUGAUAAAAACCCUCAACAAUAAUAUUAAUCAAUUAAUAAAAAAAUGGAUGGAGCAGCAGUAUACUAAAUUAACUUCGCUCCAGGAAACUAGAAGCCAGUCAGAUACAUGGAUUUUUCCAUUGAUUCAAAUGGGUGAAUUCAAUAUAAACCAGGAUGAGGAAGCUACUUGUAACAUAAUGGAAGCUGUCCCAGAGGGCUCCCAUUUAAGAUUAGCAACAGGAUAUUUUAAUUUAACUGAAAAAUAUGCAAAAACAUUACUUAAACAUUGUAAAGCUAAUAUUAGCUUGUUGAUGGCUCAUCCAAAUGCUAAUGGUUUCAUGGGAGCAGCAGGCCCUGCAGGAGGCAUACCUCACGCAUAUUCUUUAAUAGCUAGAGAAUUUUGGCAGCAAGUGACAGAAUACAACCAAACAAGCAGAGUUCAAAUGUUGGAAUAUGAAAAGCCUGGAUGGACAUUUCAUGCUAAAGGUUUAUGGUAUUAUCCUCCCGGCAGUGGAGUGCCAUGGCUAACAGUGAUAGGGUCAGCAAAUCUCGGUGAAAGGUCUGUGAGACGCGAUCUUGAAGCUCAAGCGGCGAUAUUUACAUCGUCAGCUGAUUUGCAAGCAAGGCUGCACGAUGAAUGUUGCAAAUUGCAUCAAUAUGCUUCAGAGUGCACUAGCGACUUACAAGAGCGACAAGCCCCGUUGUGGGUCCGGGCUACUGUAGGACUCUUUAGAACUUACUUUUAGUAAAAAAAUUAAUAAGUUGAUACUAUUAGUGCAAUAUUUUGAAAUAAUUCAAGAGUAUAUUUGCGUUUAUUUAGGAACAAUUAACUAAGCAAAUUAUAAUUAUAAGACUCGUUCCAAAAUAUAAAGUGUAAAUUUGUCGAAUUAAAAUUCUUUGAGUCUGCUAUAUGAAACAAAUACGAUUAAGUAUUUAUUUAAAAAUUAAUUGCAAUGCUGAUACUUGAUAGUACAAAAUGAGAUACGCUUGUUGGUGAAUAGUGUCUUUGAGUCACAAUUUUGAGGGUAGAUUGUAGAAAAUAACGAAUUGCUUCCUGUUACAGUAUUAUAGUUUUGACUUUUGUUCAAAUGGAUUACACUGUUUAGUCGACGAAUAAUGCAAUUUAUAGUAAUUAUUUCUGCGUUUAACGUGCGUAAGUUAUUUCUUAUAUUUUUUUACAAUGAAAAUUCAGGGAUUAAAAUUAGAUUUUUUUGUUAAACGAAUAUAUUGUUGUUUU